UCUCGCCCAGGUGGAGUAUGACGGUCUGACAGGCCGCGUGGAGUUCAACAGUAAAGGUCAAAGGACCAACUACACCCUGAGGAUCCUGGAGAAGCACCGCGGGGGCCACAGAGAGAUCGGUGUGUGGUUCUCCAACAACACCUUGGCCAUGAACUCCACCAGCCUGGACAUCAACGUGUCGGAGACGCUGGCCAACAAGACGCUCAUCGUCACCACCAUACUGGAGAACCCGUACGUGAUGCGCAAGGGCCACGACCAGUACGAGGGCUUCUGCGUGGACAUGCUCCGGGAGCUGGCCGACAUCCUGAAGUUCUCCUUCAGGAUCAAGCUGGUGGACGACGGGCUGUACGGAGCCCCCGAGCCCAACGGCUCCUGGACCGGGAUGGUGGGGGAGCUGAUUAACCGAAAAGCGGACCUGGCGGUGGCUAGCUUCACGAUCACCUCGGAAAGAGAGAAGGUCAUCGACUUCUCCAAGCCCUUCAUGACCUUGGGAAUCAGCAUCCUGUACAGAGUUCAUCUGGGGAGGAAGCCAGGCUACUUCUCCUUCCUGGACCCCUUCUCUCCAGCUGUGUGGCUCUUCAUGCUACUGGCCUACCUGGCCGUCAGCUGCAUCCUCUUCCUGGCUGCAAGGCUGAGCCCCUACGAGUGGUACAACCCCCACCCGUGUCUCCGGGAGCGCAAGGACCUGCUGGAGAACCAGUACACCCUUGGGAACAGCUUGUGGUUCCCCAUCGGAGGCUUCAUGCAGCAGGGCUCCGAGAUCAUGCCGAGGGCCCUGUCUACCCGAUGUGUCAGCGGGGUGUGGUGGGCCUUCACCCUGAUCAUCAUCUCCUCCUACACCGCCAACCUGGCCGCCUUCCUGACCGUCCAGAGGAUGGAGGUGCCCAUCGGCUCCCCGGACGACCUGGCCGACCAGACCAACAUCGAGUACGGCACCAUCCACGGAGGGAGCACCAUGACCUUCUUCAUGAAUUCCCGGUACCAGACGUACCAGCGGAUGUGGAACUACAUGCACUCCAAGCAGCCCAGCGUGUUCGUGAAGAGCACGGAGGAGGGCAUCGCCCGCGUGGUCAACUCCAAGUACGCCUUCCUGAUGGAGAGCACCAUGAACGAGUACCAGCGCGGACGCAACUGCAACCUCACCCAGAUAGGAGGCCUGCUGGACACCAAGGGCUACGGCAUCGGCAUGCCGCUCGGCUCUCCGUUCAGAGAGGAGAUCACGAUGGGCAUCCUGCAGAUGCAGGAGAACAACCGCCUGGAGAUCCUGAAGAGGAGGUGGUGGGAGGGCGGCCAAUGUCCCAGGGAGGAGGACCACCGCGCAAAAGGCCUGGGCAUGGAGAACAUUGGCGGUAUCUUUGUGGUUCUCAUCUGCGGGCUGAUCAUCGCCGUGUUCGUGGCCAUCAUGGAGUUCGUGUGGUCCACGCGGCGGUCGGCCGAGACCGACGAGGUACGCCCCCACACCUGCCCUCGCCGAACCCCCAGACACACCCCAGUAGGUCACCAUGGCAACCCGCCAACCCUUCCGCUUGUUUAA